AUGCUGAAAUUGAGUUAUAAUCAUUUGCCAUCUCAUUUGCAAAGGUGCCUAACUCGUUUGUCAUUGUUUCCAAAGGAUACUAUUUAUGAUACUGAUUAUAUCGUCCAAUUCUGGAUGGCCAUUGGACUUACUGAAAGCCCCAAGCAAAACGAAGAGUGGGAAGAUGUUGGGUUACAAUAUUUCAAAGAAUUAUGGUCGUUGGGUUUUGUCCAAGAUGUCGAGGUUGAAUAUACAUAUUACACAUUUAAAAUCCAUGACCUAAUACAUGAUCUCUUGUCAAAUGUGUCUCAAGAUGACUGUUUAACAAUUUAUCUUCAUACAAUAAAUACCGCUGAUCAUAUUCGACAUCUGUCAUUUUCGGGUGAUAAUCCAUUGAGGGCUCCACAGUCAUUUUUGAAGAAUUUAAAUGGUGUGCGGACAUUGGUGAUCCUACCUUCUUCAGGAAGAAAUAGGAUAAUUGAGGAACAUUUUGUGAAUGCUUCCAUCUUGAAUUUCAAGUUCCUGCGGCUACUUGAUCUCUUCUAUUCAUUUUUGGAAGUAUUGCCCAAUUCUGUUGGCACCUUGAAGCAUUUAAGAUAUCUUGACUUAUCCAGGUGUUAUAGAAUGAGCAAGUUUCCUCGUUCUAUCUAUAAGCGUCAAAGCUUGUUGACAUUAAGAUUGUUGGAUAUUGAUUGCCAAUUGCAACUGCCUCGCAAUUUGCAAAGUUUGGUCAAUCUCAGUUCUUGUACUGCUACGGAUCAAUUGGAAAUACGAGGUGCACCAAAGUUGGAGGAUCUACCGCGAUUGCUUCUUGAUAGAUCUGCUAGCACUUUACAACUUAUAAAAAUUCACCGCUGUCCCAACUUUGAGAUACUACCGGAAUGGCUACAAAAUCUGUCAUCACUUCAAAAACUUGAGAUUCUUGACUGCCCAAAAUUAUCCUCUCUUCCGGAUGGUUUGGAUCGCCUCACCUUGCUUACCCAACUACAGAUUCGAAAAUGUCCUACGUUGAGUGAAAAAUAUCAACCCGAAGUAAAUUUUGAAGUCGAUGCUUUGAGUCUUUGUGCCAAUGAUUUGUUGGCUUCAAUUAUGGACUUUAUGGAAAUAUACUAUAAAAUAGUUAUUACACUAUCAUCACUCUGCGGUCCAUCUAAAUCUAAGUCUAAUACCAUCAUUGUGCUAUUGCACCUUUCAUUAGAUGAUGUAUCUGCAUUACUUGAUGUAAACAUCCUUGGAAUUGACCCAUUAAUUGUGAGUGUUCCCAUAUUUUUCUGUUUGUCGUGUUCUGAUUCAUUGAUUAAACGAUUAUCUCAUUCAAGUAUCUCCAUUUCGCAUAAAUUCAUCCAUUAUUGUCUAUCGAGGAGGCCCAUAAAAUGUGACUAUAAGUUAAAUCGCGAUUUGGAUUCAAAAGCAUUCCUAACUUCCACAAUAUUAAGAAAUUUGAUAGAUAGAAAUCUUAUUAACUUGUUGGGGAGUGGAUGGACCGUCAACAGUUCAGAUAUGGAUGAAUUAUUCUUAUUCGAGAUUGCAGAAAGUGUUUUGGAGAAGAUAACUUCCCUUGCUAUUGAGGAAGUUCGCUUCAGGUGUAUAUAA